AUGGGAACUGUGUCCUUCACCAACCUACAUGCAAACUCCAUGUCUUCUUUGGUUCCACAGCCUGAACCUUCUGAACCCAAAGAGUGGGCAGGCUUACAUUUCAAGUGGCCAUUAGGGGCCCCUAUGCUGGCAGCAAUAUAUGCAAUGAGUAUGGUUUUAAAAAUGCUGCCUGCCUUGGGUAUGGCGUGUCCACCCAAAUGCCGCUGCGAGAAGCUGCUCUUCUACUGCGACUCUCAGGGCUUCCAUUCAGUGCCAAACGCCACAGACAAGGGCUCUCUAGGCCUGUCCCUGAGGCACAAUCACAUCACAGAGCUGGAAAGAGAUCAAUUUGCCAGCUUCAGUCAACUUACCUGGCUCCACUUAGAUCACAAUCAAAUUUCAAUAGUAAAAGAAGAUGCUUUUCAAGGACUAUAUAAACUUAAGGAAUUAAUCUUAAGUUCCAACAAAAUAUUUUACUUGCCAAACACAACUUUUACCCAACUGAUUAACCUGCAAAAUUUGGACCUGUCUUUUAAUCAGCUGUCAUCUCUGCACCCAGAGCUCUUCUAUGGCCUUCGGAAGCUGCAGACCUUGCAUUUACGUUCCAACUCCCUGCGGACGAUCCCAGUACGCCUGUUCUGGGACUGUCGUAGUCUGGAGUUUCUGGAUUUGAGCACAAACCGUUUGCGAAGUUUGGCUCGCAAUGGAUUUGCAGGAUUAAUCAAACUGAGAGAGCUUCACCUAGAGCACAACCAGCUGACGAAGAUUAAUUUUGCUCAUUUCCUACGGCUAAGCAGUUUGCACACGCUCUUCUUACAAUGGAACAAAAUUAGCAACUUGACAUGUGGGAUGGAGUGGACCUGGGGCACUUUAGAAAAGCUAGAUCUAACUGGAAAUGAAAUCAAAGCCAUCGACUUGACAGUGUUUGAAACAAUGCCUAACCUUAAAAUACUCCUCAUGGAUAACAACAAGUUAAAUAGCCUUGAUUCCAAAAUCUUAAACUCUCUGAGAUCUCUCACAACUGUUGGCCUCUCUGGCAAUCUCUGGGAAUGUAGCCCCCGAAUAUGUGCUUUGGCCUCCUGGCUGGGCAGUUUCCAAGGUCGGUGGGAGCAUUCCAUCCUAUGCCACAGCCCUGACCACACCCAAGGAGAGGAUAUUCUAGAUGCAGUCCAUGGAUUUCAGCUCUGCUGGAAUUUAUCAACCACUGUCACUGCCAUGGCUACAAGUUAUAGAGAUCCAACCACUGAAUAUACAAAAAGAAUAAGCUCAUCAAGUUACCAUGUGGGAGACAAAGAAAUCCCAACUACUGCAGGCAUAGCAGUUACUACUGAGGAACACUUUCCUGAACCAGACAAUGCCAUCUUCACUCAGCGGGUAAUUACAGGAACAAUGGCUUUAUUGUUUUCUUUCUUUUUUAUUAUUUUUAUAGUAUUCAUCUCCAGGAAGUGCUGCCCUCCCACUUUAAGAAGAAUUAGACAGUGCUCAAUGAUUCAGAACCAUAGGCAGCUCCGAUCCCAAACACGACUCCAUAUGUCAAAUAUGUCAGACCAAGGACCAUAUAAUGAAUAUGAACCCACCCAUGAAGGACCCUUCAUCAUCAUUAAUGGUUAUGGACAGUGCAAGUGCCAGCAGCUGCCAUACAAAGAAUGUGAAGUAUAA